AUGUGGCAGAAUUACGUUUGUCUGUUGGCGUUUUUAGCUUCUGCUCACUGCCAGAACGUUUCUGGUUCAGCUCCAAAGAAAAGGGUGACGGUUGGCUUGAUAGUUUCUGAACACAUUCUUCCGGAGAGCAUAGCUUGGUCGCGAUGUGGCGGUGCUAUCGGUAUAGCACUCGACAAACUAAGAGAGGAAUACAAUUUUGAAGAUUUUGAAUUCAGGUUCCUUGUCGGAUAUAGCGAAUGCGACCUCGCAGAAACCCUUGGUCUUGGUAUCGAGUAUAUGGGAAAACAAAAUGCUGACAUUGUCAUUGGACCACCAUGUCCCCAAGCAGGCUUAAUGAUGGCUCACCUCUCGAAUAUAUAUCGAACAGCGUGGAUGGGCUGGGGCUACGUCACGAAUCCAGAAUUUGCACUUGCAGACAAAUAUCCAUUUGUGACGGCACUUAUAGCACCAUCAUCAACGAUAGGUGACUGCGCUCUGGAAGUAAUAGCUGAGUUCAAAUGGGAUAUCAUCUCCAUUUUAUACACCAGCAACGAGGUUCGAUUCUGUGAUGACAUCGUUGACUCUGUGAUGAGCUCAAUUGGUGAUAGCUCAGCGUCAUUUGUCCCAACUGUCGCCGUCAAGCAAGUACUGGAUGUGAACAAUAAUGAAUCGUACACGAGAAUACUGCGACAAGUUCAAUCUCGCUCGAGAGGAAAGUUCACUUUGUCCUGA